AUGAAGUACAGAGUAGAACACUAUAAAGAACCCCGAAGUAAGCAAUAUACUAAAGCACCUAUUUGCCCCCCUUGCCGUACGCAGAGUAGUCCAUACUGGUACUCGUCUCGUACACUCGUACACCGUACGAUCACUCCGUAUUGUGACCCCUCCGCCAUCACCUUCGCAUCCACUGAGGUAUUUUGUCUCACAAUGCAGGUGGUUGACGCCGAACGCGCGCGCGAGCUCUCGCUAUUCCGGCCGCUAGGUUACCAAAGCAACUCGUGUGGUUACUGCAAGUCCAAAGAUGGCAGCGCAUCGUACUACACCAGCUCUACCUCCGUACACCCGGAACAUUAUGAAGACCUGAUCAACAACGGUUGGCGACGCUCCGGCUCCCUCUACUACAAGCAGAACUUGCGACAAUCCUGUUGUCCGCACUAUACUCUGCGGUUGGAGGCGGCCGAUUAUCGGCCCCGCCGCGACCAGCGCAAGGCAAUCAACAAAUGGAACAAAUUCAUUCUGGGGCCGGAGUAUAUGCGUAAGGCGGCCCGGCUCUGCCCGCAGACUCGCGCCGAGAAAAAGCACCGCAAGUGCAACUUCGACGUGCUGUCAGCAGUGCAUGCGAGCGAGUAUGACAACAUCAAACGGCCCGUUGAUCCUGUUACCAAAUGUCCCAUCGAACCGGCCCAUCGGUUCGAGGUCACCACUGAAAGUGACUCCGUAACCCAGGCAAAGUAUCAGCUGUUCCUCAAGUAUCAGACUGCCGUUCAUAAAGAGGAUGUGUCCAGCACGACGCCUAAGGACUUUCAGCGCUUUUUGUGCACCGGUAUCAAGCGGUCUCCAAAUCCCUUGACGGCUUCGAAUGCCAACGAGAAGAAAGUCGGCUCGUGGCAUCAAUGUUACCGUCUUGAUGGUGAGCUCGUCGCUGUUGCAGUUCUGGAUCUACUCCCCACUGGCGUCAGCUCAGUCUACGUGUUCCAUGAUCCGGCAUACGAGCAAUGGGAGUUUGGCAAGCUGAGCGCCAUGCGCGAAAUCGCCUUCUCAAUUCAGAAUCAGUACAAAUACUACUACAUGGGUGAGUCAGAUUCGACGUCAGUCCGACUAAGACUAACUAGAAUUAGGGUACUACAUACACUCAUGCACCCCGAGUCCGGCGAGUGGGAUCCACUUGAUGGCGAGUUGACUGAGAAGCUCAAUACUCGUUCUUACGUUUCGCUAUCCCGGGACAGAUUGGGUUCCCCGGCUCCCAUUCCAUCUGCUGAUUCCAGUGCCGACCCCGAUGUCUCUCUCUUUGAUAUCAACAUGCCUGGCGCGCUUACCGUAGCCCAGGUAGAGGCAUUGGACUUGGAUCAUUGGCUGCUGUUCUUCAGAAAAAACUUGGUUCACAUGGAGGAUUUGGUGGGUUGGGAGACUAUGUCUAUGACUGAGCCGCAGUCAAUCAAGGGCAUCAUUGCAGAAUUGGCGGCAGUUCUGGGUCCCAAAAUCGUCGAAAACAGCGCCGUUGAUCUGUUUGGCUGA